AUGUCUGAAGAGCCGACAACUAGCCAAAGGCUCACCCAAUUUGUUUUCUCCCUUGAGGAGGAUGAUCUGGUAAUGGAAACCCGGCAACCCCCGACAAUAAACGACCAAAUGGCCGAGAUCAGCCAAAGGGUUCGGUCAUUGGUGUUGGAGGCCAACACGAAGCAGCUGGCGGAGAACACGAAGCAGCUGGCGGAGAACACGAAGCAGCUUGCGGAGACCACGAACAAGGUUGCGAGGAUGACGGCCUUGUUGGAGAUUUUCGUAAAGGGGAAGGCGAAGAAUGUGGAUGUGGAUGUGGCGUUCCCAGUCACAUCGGAGGAAGACCUGGUGGCUUUAGAUCAGAACAUAAGCUCAGGGUCCCAAGAACGCUACAUGGAAGCAAUAACAAAAAUUUUAAAAAGCAACAAUUUGUCAAAGGCAAUAAAGGGCGCAUUGUCAGAAACGCUGUUGUGCGCCUACAACAUACACGGCCUAAACGGGAAAAAGUCAUUAAAAGCAUUUCCCAAAUUCUUUUCCGUUCUGAUUGAUAGCAUAAGCACAUUAGAAGGCCAGCAGCCAGGAGAGAAGGCCUUAGCCCACGCACUGGCAUGUGUUAAAAAUAAUGCAAACAAAAAAAGGAAAAAA